AUGGAGCUGGAACAGAGAGAAGGAACCAUGGCAGCCGUGGGCUUUGAGGAAUUCUCGGCGCCGCCUGGCUCGGAGCUGGCGCUGCCACCGCUAUUCGGCGGCCACAUCCUGGAGAGCGAACUGGAGACGGAGGUGGAGUUUGUGUCUGGCGGUCUGGGCGGCUCGGGGCUCCGGGAGCGGGAUGAAGAGGAAGAGGCAGCGCGGGGUCGGCGACGGCGCCAACGGGAACUGAACCGCAGGAAGUACCAAGCGCUGGGGCGGCGCUGCCGGGAGAUCGAGCAGGUGAACGAGCGGGUCUUGAACAGACUCCAUCAGGUACAGAGGAUAACGCGGAGACUUCAGCAGGAACGGAGGUUCCUCAUGCGGGUGCUGGACUCCUACGGGGAUGACUACCGGGCGGGCCAGUUUACCAUCCUGCUAGAGGACGAGGGCAGCCAAGGCACUGAUGCCCCCACCCCGGGCAAUGCUGAGAACGAGCCUCCAGAGAAAGAGGGGCUGACCCCGCCCAGAAGGCCCCUGGCGGCCCCUGAGCCCAGUAGCCCGUCUGCCGGGGAGGGGUCCAGCGGGCGGAAGAGGCGGCGGGCCCCCCGGGAUGGACGUCGAGCAGCAGGACCUGUGCUGACGUCAGAGCUGCCUCCGGUGCAGAUCAAGGUCGAGGAGGACUUUGGCUUCGAAACAGAUGAGGCCCUGGAUUCCAGCUGGGUGUCCCGGGGGCCAGACAAACUGCUACCCUACCCGACUCUGGCCAGUCCCCCAUUCGACUGACCCACCACCAAUAAACAGACCCC